AUGUCCGCACAAGAGUACUUCGGCGGUUCCCAGAACCCUCGUCGCGAGGAAACACAUACUCCUGGACCCUGGUCUUCAUCGACGCCUGGUGCCGACACACCUCGCACUGGUCCCUACAGCCCCUAUCCUCCCUCCGAUCCCAACCAGAAACCCAACUACGAGAACUACUAUCCUCAAACCGCCAAUCCCAACCAGAACUACUAUGCUACUUCGCCAGAUCCCACUCGCGCUCAUAGCCCCUACCAACCCAUGGGCCAGCCAUCAUGGAGCGGCCCUCCUGGGUACCCCCCAUACCCCCCGCAGGAGGGAGGCGCACCGGGUAACAACCCACCCUACAACGACCGCCCGUACUCCCCCUACCCGCAGCAACCAGGCCACCCCCAACAACCCCCACCCUAUACCGUGACCUCAGAACCCAACCUGCCACCCAGUGCCACCGAUGAACAGGAUCGCGGCUUCCUAGGCGCCGUCACUGGCGGUGCAGCCGGCGCUUUUGCAGGCCACAAAGUCAAUCACGGCUUCCUCGGUGCGAUCGGAGGCGCUCUGACCGGCUCUGUCGCCGAAGACGCCAUCAAGAACCACCGCAAGAAGAAGGAAGAGGAGGAGAAAGAAGCCCAACGCCGGCAAAAGGAGGCCCUCAAGGAGCAGAAGCGUCGCGAGAAGGAAGAACGCAAGAUGCAACGCCGCGCCAACCGCCACAACCGUCACUCCAGCUCCUCCUACCGCGGGAAUUUCUCCGGCUCGUCCCGCGAGAUUCGGCUUGAGGGUUACCACGAGCUCGUGGCCUAUUGCAGCGAUGUGAACGGCCACCAGCAUCGGUCGGUGCUCCCCUUGAACGACGUGCUGACCAACUCCUGGGGGGAGUUGAAGUGGGCGCGCCAUGGCAAUUUCGCGGCCUCGGCCAGUAAUGUUCAUCUGGAAGAUGGGGGCCGGGUCUUGGUGGCCGACCUUGGCAAUGGAAAUGGGGGGUGGAAGCGGAGCUAUAUUCGGUUGGAUGAGCGCAUCUCGAACCAGAACGGCCGGUUGGUGUUCUUGGACUAGACGAGUGGUCUCAUGGGCGAGGUGCAGUGAUGGCGAGGAACGGGUUGCGAAGAAUCAUCUGGAAUGAUAGUGGUUUUCCAAGAACUAUGGACUUAGGACUUAAUGCUUGGCUUUUGGCUACUCCUUUCAUGAAUUGUAGGCAAUGUUCAUCGUAGACUUUGCGGAGUCCAGCUUGACUUUUCUUUGCAAGUUUCUGCUGACUCAGGGGGGUGUAAGGAGCUAUUCUCAUCUAGUCGCUAAACCCAUGCCGGUCGUGCCGGUAGGAUGCCGGCAGAAUAACUUUCUUAUGAUUGCAAUGCGAUGCCGUCAAAUGACCUGUAAGAUUUCAACUCGAAGUUCCCAAACAGUCAUACAAACUUAGUCAUUACACAGAUGAGGCAAAAAUGGGAUGAACGAGAGAAAGAAGUGAAGGUCAGAGACAUACGUGGC